AUGAAAUCACAGGCGAGUGUAAAAAGUGAAAUAAAGAGGUGGUGGUAUCCAAAGGAUGAGGAGCAGCUUAAAGGGCUGGUCAAAGACCUACCAAUGCAGUUCUCUGGUGCCCUGAUGAACAGAAGAGCCCCUGGGACUCCCCAGACCUACUCUUAUUUCUACACGAGAGAUGACGGCACUGAAGAGAUACCACAAGACAGAGUGGAUCACAGCGUUUCACCCUACAUGUCAGUGUCUCUGAUGAACAGAAUGGCCCCAGAGAAUCUCCGGUCAGACCUUCGUAACCACAUAGAUGAUUCCAGAAUGAACGUGAUACCACAGAGUCCAGCUGGUCCCAUGCAGGGUAAACGGAAACUCGCGAGUGCCAAUUUCCAGAGCAAACAGACUGGGUACAGAGAGAACGAAGAGGUAGCAUUUCCCAGCAGAGGCAAACUAAAUCUCCAAAAACAGGACAGAGCACUGUUACUUAGGGCUCAGUCCCUCAGAGUCAAGCCCUGGGAUCUCCAUCUCUCGGAUUCCAAGCCUGCAACGCGGAAGAAGCACCAAAAACGCACCUUAUUUAUGCAUACGCAGCAAGAACAGUUGAAGGCUGUAUUUAGCUGCACCAUGUUUCCAGAUAAAAAUCUCCGGAAGGAACUCGCUUUGAAACUCAAGCUACCAGAGUCAACAAUAAAGACUUGGUUCAGGAACCACCGAGUCAAAGUGAGGAAGCAACAGCAAGAGCCGCAGCCGUCACCAAAGCAACUAAAUCAGAUUCUUCCAGCCAAGAUUGUGCCCACCUCAACCACAACAUCAACCAAUCCUUACUCCUCUUUUCCUGCAGUUUCAGAUUUCUGUAGCUCCCUUCCACCUCAGCCCGUGGGCCCUUCCAGUCUGGCACAGGAUUCUUUUAUCACUGGGAGUCCCACAAGUGAUGACCAAAUGCCAGAUCCUCAGUUGGAGGGGCUGGAGGCCUCAGUUCCUGCUUUGUACUCUGAUGCCUAUGACAUAGAGCAGAUCAUGGAACUGUACAGUUUUCCUGAUGAGGAUGAGACACCCAGCACUUCUUUCCACUGUCUGUAUCAGUAUCUCUCCCGCAGACUCCAGCUAGAAGAAAAGGGUUCUUCCCCUAGAUUCUUUGCUGAUGCAGCUUUAGACCUAUCGCUUCAGCAAACAUCAACCAGUAUGACAAGCUGAGUCCUUUUAGCCCACAGCCUAAGAGAUAGCCUACAAUUCCAGAAUCCCUUCAGUAUGGAGAACUUUGAAUUUCUCUGA